AUGAAGUUCCUCAACCUCGGCCUCGUCGCCAUUUCCUCCCUCUUCGCCACCUCCCUCGCGGCGCCUGCCAUCCAGGGCCUCCCCACUGAUGUCACCGACGUCGCCAAGGUCCCCGUCGUCCACGUUCCCAUUGCUCCUGAGACGGAAGUCCUUGACAAGCGCACUGAGGUCGUCUACACCAAGGUCCAGUACACCAUCGUCGAGGUCAAGAAGCACUGCUCCACCAUCAACUCCACCGUGGACGGUGUCACCAAGGGCCAGAUCGCCCAGAAGAAGGCCGACAUCAUCAAGCUCGUCAAGAGUGAGGUCACCAUCAUUAUCAGCCUGAUCCACUCCCUCGUCGGCGACAUUGUCGAGCUUCUUGGCGAGACUGUCGAGAUUGUCGGCGAAGAGAAGGAGCAGAUCAUCUCCUGCGUCCUUGAGCUCGUCUUUGAGAUCAUCUACUGCCUCAAGCAUGUCAUCAAGGUUCUCGGCUGCAGCAUCUUCGAGCUCCUCGGCCCCAUCGUCUUCGUCCUCCUCACCGUCGUCUUCCACCUCCUCUGCUCCCUCAACGGCCUCAUCGAGGGUCUCUUGGAGCUCGUCUGCUCCGUCCUCGGCGGUGUCAUCGGCCUCCUCCUUGAGGUCCUUGCCGGCCUUUUGCCUAUCGUCCUCGGCCUUGUUGGAGGUAUCCUCAAGGCCAUUAACCUUGGCGGCCUUCUCUGCAGCGUCGGCAGCAUCCUCUAA